CAGCGCGCCCGCGGCUCCGCUCCGGCGCGGCUCCGCUCGGGCCCGACUCCUGCCGCGCCUCGGCCGCCGCCCGCGCCCCCCGCUCCCGGCGGAGGUAGCAGGCGGUGGGGGGACCAUGGCUGACGUCUUCCCGGCCAACGACUCGGCGGCGCCUCAGGACGUGGCCAACCGCUUCGCCCGCAAAGGGGCGCUAAGACAGAAGAACGUGCACGAGGUGAAGGACCACCGCUUCAUCGCCCGCUUCUUCAAGCAGCCCACCUUCUGCAGCCACUGCACCGACUUUAUCUGGGGGUUUGGGAAACAAGGCUUCCAGUGCCAAGUUUGCUGUUUUGUGGUUCACAAGAGGUGCCAUGAAUUUGUUACUUUCUCUUGUCCGGGUGCAGAUAAAGGACCCGACACUGAUGACCCCAGGAGCAAGCACAAAUUCAAGAUCCACACCUAUGGAAGCCCCACCUUCUGCGACCACUGUGGGUCGCUGCUGUACGGACUCAUCCACCAGGGGAUGAAGUGUGACACCUGUGAUAUGAACGUGCACAAGCAGUGCGUGAUAAACGUCCCCAGCCUCUGCGGGAUGGACCACACGGAGAAGAGGGGCCGGAUCUACCUGAAGGCCGAGGUCACCGAGGAAAAGCUCCACGUCACAGUACGAGAUGCAAAAAAUCUCAUCCCUAUGGAUCCAAAUGGGCUUUCAGAUCCUUACGUGAAGCUGAAGCUUAUUCCUGACCCCAAGAACGAAAGCAAACAAAAAACCAAAACCAUCCGUUCCACACUGAACCCCCAGUGGAAUGAGUCCUUUACGUUCAAAUUAAAACCUUCAGAUAAAGACCGACGACUGUCCGUAGAGAUCUGGGACUGGGAUCGAACAACCAGGAACGACUUCAUGGGAUCCCUUUCCUUCGGAGUCUCGGAGCUGAUGAAGAUGCCGGCCAGUGGAUGGUACAAGCUGCUGAACCAAGAGGAGGGUGAGUACUACAACGUGCCCAUUCCAGAAGGCGACGAGGAAGGCAACGCGGAGCUGAGGCAGAAGUUCGAGAAAGCCAAGCUCGGCCCUGCUGGCUACAAAGGCAUUAGUCCUGACAGGAGACAGCCUUCCAACAACCUCGACAGAGUGAAACUCACCGACUUCAACUUCCUCAUGGUGCUGGGCAAGGGCAGCUUCGGGAAGGUGAUGCUGGCGGACAGGAAGGGGACGGAGGAGCUGUACGCCAUCAAGAUACUGAAGAAGGACGUGGUGAUCCAGGACGACGAUGUGGAGUGCACCCUGGUGGAGAAGCGGGUGCUGGCCCUGCCGGACAAGCCCCCGUUCCUGACGCAGCUGCACUCCUGCUUCCAGACGGUGGAUCGGCUGUACUUCGUCAUGGAAUACGUCAAUGGCGGGGACCUCAUGUACCACAUCCAGCAAGUAGGAAAAUUUAAGGAACCGCAAGCAGUGUUCUACGCAGCAGAGAUUUCCAUUGGGUUGUUCUUUCUUCAUAAAAGAGGCAUCAUUUAUAGAGACCUGAAGUUAGAUAACGUCAUGCUGGAUUCGGAAGGACAUAUCAAGAUUGCGGACUUUGGGAUGUGUAAGGAGCACAUGAUGGACGGGGUCACGACCAGGACCUUCUGCGGGACCCCAGAUUACAUCGCCCCAGAGAUAAUCGCUUAUCAGCCGUAUGGGAAAUCCGUGGACUGGUGGGCCUACGGCGUCCUGUUAUAUGAAAUGCUGGCCGGGCAGCCUCCGUUUGAUGGCGAGGAUGAAGACGAGCUGUUUCAGUCCAUCAUGGAGCACAACGUCUCGUACCCGAAGUCCUUGUCCAGGGAGGCCGUCUCCAUCUGCAAAGGGCUGAUGACCAAACACCCCGGCAAGCGGCUGGGCUGCGGGCCCGAGGGAGAGCGGGACGUGCGGGAACACACCUUCUUCCGGAGGAUCGACUGGGAGAAGCUGGAGAACAGGGAGGUCCAGCCGCCCUUCAAGCCCAAAGUGACUUUCUGCACCAAAAUGCACUGGCUUCAGUGGGCGUCCAGGCCUUCGUGCGGCAAAGGAGCAGAAAACUUCGACAAGUUCUUCACGCGAGGGCAGCCUGUCUUAACGCCACCCGAUCAGCUGGUCAUCGCUAACAUCGACCAGUCUGAUUUUGAAGGGUUCUCAUAUGUCAACCCCCAGUUCGUGCACCCCAUCCUACAGAGCACAGUAUGAAACUCAGCACCGAGAACAGGCGCCUCCCCAGCCCCUGCCCCCUGCCCCCAGCCGUGGGAAAUGAUCCUCAGCUCUAAAGUUUGAAGGCCGCCGCCUUGUUUCCAGGGGAGGCCUGAGAACUGUAGGGUUAUUAGUCCAAACGUGAUCAGCUGUUCAGGGUCUCUCGCAACCAAGAGCAUCAUCUUAGCGGCAGAUGGCGUCAUGCACAGCAUCCAGUUUAAUUGUGUAGAGGUCGCAUCUGGCGGUAGGUUAACCCUUCCUGGAAGGCAAACAGACUCUACCCCCCCCCUUUUUUUGGGUACAAUUUGACAUGUUUUCCAGACCCUCUGUUGAUUUUCACCAUCCGGAUCCCCCAACCAGACAUGUUCAAAGGAACCCGCCCCAGUCCAGGGAGCCGGAAACAUCUCCGCCCAAGACAUCUUUGGAGUAAAAGAACGGGGAGCCCAGAGAGUGAGCAAGGUGGGACCCGGGGGAGGUGGGACUGGGGCUUCAGAGGACCCACUGCUGGUGUUCUCUGCCUCGAUGGAAACGGUCCCUAGGGCCCAAGAGGCCGGGAGGAAUCUGGUCCCAUCUGCAAGCUCACUGUUCCCAGAGGUUGACAGUCGUAACCCACUCACAGUUACGGUCCAGCAGUUACCAGUUUAGAAACAGAGGAAGAAGACCUCAGACGAGUGUUGGGGGCACCUGUCAUCUCGUACCCUACUGGCUGAUAACUGUCUUGAUACUUGCAUUUCUUUUUAAGAGGCCAAAUCUUCUAAGGACUCCGCUAAGCGAGCAUGUGAAGUCGUUUCAGAUCAAGGGUAGGUCAGUGCGCGUGUGAUGUUCAUUUUAAUCUCUGGGAGACUAUUCUGAAUCCAGGGUGCCACCCGCGAUCAUGCCACUACUCACAAGUGUUAGCCAACCCCCCUCACACCGACACCUCGCUGCCUACUUCCUAAGAAGCCGGAGCGCACACCUCCCACCCCUUUUGUACUUAUUUAUUUAAUAGGCUGCGGUGUCUACGAGAGUACGAUGUACAGUAAGUUAAUCCAAGUGUUGACUGUAACUUCAGCCCCUAGAAUUGAUGCCCCUCCCGUCUCCAGCCCUCGACAUCCUCUUGGGACGAACAGUACGGUUUUGGUCCCCCAUUUCCGGUUCAUGUUGAGUGACACACCUGAAGCUGUAGAACAGGAAACCUGGAUGCGUAGCAGCUCAAAGAGGUUUUAUUGCUAGAAGGAUUUCAAAAUGUUUUGCAAAGGCAUCAUGCAAUGAAUUUUGCAUGUUUAGAAUAAACCUUAAUAACAAGUGAA